UCUGCAAUAGUGACAAGCAAAAGGAGAGCAAAAGAAAAAAUUCUAUGUCAUGACUCAUUCUAACAUCAAGACCUUGACAGUGUUGUAAUGAUACCGUCGUGAAAAUUUCUUUGCAUUUCCCCCAAAGGUUGACUAAUUAGCAGUCAGCAGUUUUCCAGUCAGCUUUUAGGAAAGUCCAAUUUUAACCGCGGCCAAUAUUAUCUAUAUAAGAGCAUGCAAAGAUCAUGAAACUGGAGAGUUAAUCACAAAAGAAAAUAGAAAGGUCUUGUAUUCAUAUGGAGAUGAAGAGGAAGAACCAAAAUUUGCUUUUAUUUGUCAUCAUCUAUCUAACCAUCUGUCUUGAAAACUUGAGUGCCAAACCAGUACUUACUAACAAGACGGGAAAUGAAAUGGUUUAUGAGGUUCAUGUCGGAGUCAUCCUCGAUAUGGGGUCGUUGGAGGGAAAAAUUCUUCAAAGUUGCAUUUCCAUGGCAAUUUCUGACUUUUACAGUGGGCAUCAUUACUAUAAAACAAGGCUAGUUCUCCACACAAGGGACUCCAAGGGAGAAACUCUCAACGCUCUCUCAGCAGCUCUUAAUCUCUUGGAAGAUGCCAAAGUGGGAGCAAUCCUUGGUGCACAAACAUCAUGGGAAGCAAAGUUUCUGGCUGAGUUUGGGGACAAGUAUAAAAUCCCAGUGAUUUCAUUUUCCACACCUAGUUCCUUUCCGAUCUCAACCAGGUCUCCUUACUUUGUUCAAAUUGCACAUGACCAAACCUCACAAGUUAAAGGUGUCGCAGCUCUUAUUGAAAUAUACAAAUGGAGGAAUGUCAUCCUUAUCCAUGAGGAGAACGAUGGCCUGAAUCUUGAUGAUACCAUAUCUUACAUGGCUGCUUUCUUUGAAGAGAAAAACAUACGCAUUGCAUUUAUGAGUGCAAUUGCUGCAUCAUCUGAAGAUGAUCAAAUCAUUGAACAACUUCAUGAGCUCAGGACAUUGCAAACUACAGUAUUCAUUGUGCAUUUGUCU